UGCUUUAGAAGCCAAGAGGCAGAAGGUUGUAGUCAGGAGACUGUGGUUGAACCUCCAAGAAAAGGGAGGUGAUGACUUUCUUUGGAUUAACUUUUUGUGGUUAUCAAGAUCCUUUUCGUGACAGAAGGUUAACAUUACCCCAACAUGAAGUGCCAGUGGGAAAACCAUCUCCCAAACUGGAGCUUUUCCAUCCCAAACUACCACCCAUAGGACCAGCUGGGUAUGAUGGCACCAUACACCAGGGCAGCUAUGACAAGUACCGUGAAGCUGUCAAACGGAUGCAGCUCAAGAAAAAUCCCAACCAAGAGUACAGGAUGCCAGUGACCUGCGCACAGGAUAUUGGCUGGUGGUUGCCUCUUGAUCGCUCAGUCAAGCCAGAAGAUGCCAUACCAUGGAUGCGGACCCCAAGAUACCCUCAGCUGAGGAGCUCCAUGACCAAAUUUGUGGACAGAAUGGGUAUCAGCAACCCUCUUUUCACCAUGUUCUGAGGGAUUCCUAGAGGAUCGUAAUGGGGGACAUGACGGAUUCCUUGUGCCAGUGGAUACAAUAGCUGCACUACAACUGUUGCCACAUUAAGGACAGGCACAUCUCUAGUACUAAUACAGAGACUCAAGAUGUCAUUUAUA